GCAAAUCAACAGAUUUGUAAUUUUCUGUUCAUUUUUUAUAACUUAGUAUUCUUGUUUUUCGUCGAAACGAGACAAACGUUUGUCAUUAACAAUACGUUCAUUAAAAAAAGAGACUAUUAAAAAAAAAACACAUUACGACAACACUUGUCGUUUCGAAUCGAGUCUACCUUGGAAAACUGUGUAACAAAUUGUGACAAAAACAAAAAAUUGCCAAAGCCGAAAAAAUUAUAUAUUUAGUUAUUACAAAUUUCGCUUAAACUUCGGUCGUGUUUCAUUUUACCAGCAAAAAAUUUCUUCUACCUAACCGAAAAAUAAAGGAAAUUGAGUUCAUCCUACGUCUUUCCAAAAGAAUAAUUCACGCGAACAAAAGCCUAACCUGUGUUCCAUUGCCCACAAAGUCUGCAACGAUUGUCCAUCCGUUAUUAUUGCCCAUCAAAAAAAAAAAGUAAGCCAGCAACGAAUCCGAGAACAAAAGGAAGACAAGUUAAAAAAAUUGUCGUAAUAGUUAACAAGGCGAGGAGAGUGACUUCAUCGAUCUCAUAUCACCGUUCAUCAGCAAGGAUACCUACCCAUACAACGUGUCCAUAAGAGAACUUGCAACAAUCCAUCCACAAAACGAGCAAAUACACAUAUCCAUAUAUAUAUAAUUGUGUGUGUGUAUGAAUAAUCACCCUCACCCUAGUUCUCUUGCCGAAAUUCCCACUCUCUCAGUUGAACGAACGUUGUUUACGUUGGCUAUUUCUUGUGCGCUCUCUUACGCUAUCACCAUAUUUUGAGUGUACUGCCUGCCUGUCUGUGUAUUGAUGUGUACUGCCAUUUCAUGUUUAGCUAUUGCUAGCCACCACUCUUCAUAAGUUCUUUCAUUUUGUUUGCUGUAAUUUAAGAGCAACUAUCCACCAUUGUUCUCUUGGAUAGUCGUUGGUGGGAACUCGAAUACACACAACCACCCCACCUUGAAUUGUACUGCAGAGCAAGAGCAUUUGCAUUGAAUUUAGUUUAACAAAGUGAAUAUUAUUCUCCCAGACGACAUAUUUGGUUUUAUAUCUGUGUCAUGAUGUUCCAAAGCGACUUCCAUAGAAAGAAAAAUUUUGCAAACCCUCAUUUUUUCAAAAGUUCAGCAACGCCAAAGGAAAACUCUCCUGCUCCUGCUGCACAGCCCACACCUGCCGCUGGAAGGCCCGAGGCCAAGGAAGAGAACAAUAAAGAAACAGAGGAAGUUCGCCAAGAACAUUUGAUCAAACAUCCACUACAGAAUACCUGGACUUUGUGGUAUUUGGAAAACGAUCGUUCAAAAUCAUGGGAAGACAUGCAAAACGAAAUUACCAGCUUCGAUACUGUGGAAGAUUUCUGGAGUCUCUACAACCACAUCAAACCUCCAUCUGAUAUUAAAAUUGGUAGCGAUUAUUCACUUUUCAAGAAAGGAAUCCGGCCUAUGUGGGAAGAUGCAGCCAAUAAACAAGGUGGUCGCUGGGUCAUAACUUUGAAUCGUAGUCCCAAAGCUGAAUUGGAUAACUUGUGGCUGGAUGUGAUUUUAUGUUUGAUCGGUGAAGCAUUCGAUCAUUCAGAUCAAAUUUGUGGUGCCGUGGUAAAUAUUCGUCAAAAAGCUCACAAAAUUUCUAUUUGGACUGCCAAUGGCAAUAAUGAAGAAGCUGCUAUUGAAAUUGGUCAUAAGCUGAGAGAUUCUUUGCGCUUGGGUCGUCAAAAUUUACACUAUCAACUGCAUAAGGAUACUAUGGUGAAAACGGGUUCAAAUGUUAAAUCCAUUUACACUUUGUAAACCCAUUACCACACCAUCUUCAACAGCUAUACCUAGAAAACAAUAUGGAGAAUAAAGAAAAUUAGUCAUUAUGCUCUUUGUGCACACAACCACAUAUACUACACACAUAUAAACUAACAUAUUUUGCAUGAUAGGAAUAUCUGUUAUAAGCGGUUUUCCUGCAUUGAUUACAUUGAUGUAAAAGCGUGUGGGUGUGUAUUUUUUAUUGUUUUUUUUUUUUAAGUUGACUAUCCCAAUCUUCUGAUGAAGAAAACGGCCGAUAAAUUGUUACACACAAAAACGACAUUGUCAACAACAUAAUAUGGCAGAUUUAUCGGCGACAAGUAAAUCGAGUGCAGUUCUAGCAAGGCAAUUUUAGUUUGAUGAAUACUUUCACCACACAUGCUUCUUUCCCAAAAAAGCUGGUCUUAAUAUUCAAAAGAAAUUCAACAGUUAUUAAUUCUUUCUCUGAAAAACAAAUGCAAUCAGAAAAUAACAUCUGCACGUGUCGUUUAUUAUUUUAUGAAUUUGAAAUUUUAAGUUUUGUGUUUUGUAUUCAUAAUUAAUUAAUAUAAUAUAUAGAAUCAAAUAAUUCAUGUAAACUAAUGUCUGGAAUUAUUUAAACAAUUAAAUUACUAUUCUAAAAUUGAAAUUAAAAAA